ACUAAAUCUGAGGUUUUCCAUUGUAUUGCAGAGACACCCCAUGUCAGAUUUUGCAGUAAAUUUACUUAUCUACCCUCAUUAUUAUAUUAUUAAAAAAUCAAAAUAUCUAGAAAUAACAAAUGACCUUUUUACCCACCAACAUUUACCCAAUAAAAAUAUUUCUAUUUUUCCUUUUAUCUCACUAUUCCUCUCCCUCUCCUCCAUCCCAACUGACCAUAACUGGUUCCAUCGCCAAUCCAAAGACCCACUUCCAAGUUCGCAACACAUCACUGAGUACCACCCAUCACCACCACCGUCUCCACCUCCUUGUAAACGCCGUAACAGUCCAUAAUUCUAAUCUCUUAUUCACGAUUCGAGCCGGCAAGAAGGGCAAUUUCGCGACAGCCUUGCAUACGAACAACGAAUUGAACAAUUCAAACACGACAAACAGGACUAAGGCAACCACAACACCCUGACUUGAAUUCGAAAAAAGAGAUUGUGAUUCGAUUCCUUAAGAAUGGUCUCGACGCGAUCGAUCUUCUUCGUUUUGGAUAUUUUAACGGUGAGUUUUGGUGGGUUUGAGUCUCUUCAUGGCUCGAGCUUCUUGGAGGCUUUGUUGAUGGAGGACUUGAGGGGUUUGUAAGAGGAAGUUCGGUAGAUAAGAAACUACGACAUGGCUUCGCAAACCACGGCGAUGUAGAAGGUGAUUCCGACGAGGGAUACAGCGGCGCUUUGCGGGCGGAGAUAGAGAUGAUUGUAUACGUGGAGCUGGAAGCGGCAGCGACCUCGCUGUCCUUCGCCUCGUCGCUAAGCCCGCCGUCAACGAGGUUGUACGCCGCGAUCAUUGAACAUGACUUUUUCCCUGACAUCCCUAAGCUCGUGAUUCUUAUGUUGGUAUAAUGAAAAAAAAAAAAAAAAAAAAAAAAAAAGAAAAACAAAUAAAAAAAUUAGUCAAACAGCUUCAGUAAUAGUGCAAUCAGUGAUGAGAUUCUUUAUACCGCCAUACUUAGGUAUCAGAAAACCAAUAUAUAUAUGUAUAUACAUAUAUAUAUAUAUAUAUAGUUAUCAAAGAUACAAAAUAAUUUAUUCCUCGUGUACUGACUCAGUGCAAGAGAAGAAAUACAUGGUUUGAUUAACCAAUGUAAUAUAUAUAAAUUAUUGCCCACAAAUACAUGAUUUGAUUGGGACGUUACAAAUUUUGCAGAAGGGGUGGUGGCAGUGAAGUGGUGAAGGUGGGCUAGAGAGAGACAAUGGUGAGUAUCUGGUCUAAUGGUAGUUUGAUCCUCUUAACAUGAAUUUUAUUGUCAUUUGAUUAUAUUAUUUACGUUAUUGAUGGGUAUUUUAGUCACUUUAAAUUAUUUUUUUUUGACAAAAAAUAUUAUUUUUUAUACUGAGGGAGGUCAUUGCAAAAUGGAAAAAACUUUAGGGGGUCACAUUAUAACAAAAUAACAAACUUUAAAUUUAGUUACAAUUAUUUGCCCAAAAUUAUAACACUCAUGUAAUAUAUUAUACUACCAAAAAGCUAGGAUAAUCCAAAUUAUACUGUAACACUCAUUCAACAUAUUAUUAUGUUCGGCACACAACCAAAAUGAUACAGGAUCCUGAUGUGACACGUUAUUGUUGACCGAGCAUUUUAAUGACGUGGUUCGAUUUUAAUUAUUACUCCGUUAAAUACAAUUAACUUAACAAAAACAAAAACUGAAUAAAAAAAGCAAAAAAAAAAAAAAAAACAUACAGAUUGCAGGAAAACACGUUACAGAGGAAUCAGGCGUCACCUCGUGAUCUCGACUUCGGCCACCUCUCUCUGGUAACGGAGUGACCUCGUGAUUUUGUCUUAUCGCUGUUCGCUAUUAUGUCAGACGUGGAGGAUGUGAAAGACCAACAGGAGGGCUCUGAAAAAUGCAUGCCAUCAUCUCAAGAGGAGGAGGAAGCUAUUAGGAAGAAAUAUGGCGGGAUUAAACCCAAGAAACAACCACUCAUUUCUAAGGACAAUGAACGUGCAUUUUUUGAUUCUGCUGAUUGGGCUCUGGGAAAGCAUGGUGGGGAGAAGCCCAAAGGACCACUUGAAGCACUUCGGCCUAAAUUGCAGCCAACACAACAACAGACACUAUACCGGAAAUCUCCUUGUGCACCAUCAGAUGGUGAAGAUGGAGGAAAUGUUUCGUCAGAGGAUGCAACUGCAAAUGAAUGAGAGGCUGCUGUUGAUCUUGUGAGGACUGUCAAUUUUGAAGCUAAUAUAUCUAGAUAGAGAUGAGCAAUUUUCUGUUGGUUCAAUAAAAUUGGCGAUGAUGCUUCCAUAUUUGCUAAAAGAGAAAUAAAAACACCUACUAUCUUUAGUUUAGAUUUGCCAUUUGUAAAACUAUAAAUUUUAAAGUUGAUGUCCUUACCCCCCCACCCACCCCCUAAUUAUAUAAUUUUGGUUAAAGAA